CCGAAUGGAGGCCAUCUACAUCACAGAGAAACAAUUGAGUUCGUAUCAGCUCAAAAAUACUGAGUAAUUAUAUUCUACUUAGACAGUUGACUUGCGUUACUGGCGAGGACAGCUCAAUCGUGCACACUUUAAAGUUCGCUGGACUUUUCUCGCUCUUUACUGGAGACAACGUUUAGUUCCCCCUUGUUUAUAUUGUGCAAGCAGAGCUUGAGCAGGAGGCCCCGGCUGGCAGUGGAGGAGAAGCGGCCGCCUCGCCUCCGAGUGGGAGUUGAGUGGUUCGGCCUUGUUGUGCACCAAAGAAUAUGAAACAUAUGUCACAAUGACCUCAAGAUUCUACAAAACCUACAGCCGGAAGGGGGGCGAUGGCACCUCCAAGUUUGACGAGGUCUUCGCUAACAAGAAGACCAUGAGCACCAAGUGGGGCGAGACCACCUAUCGGGCCAAAGUUACCUCCAAGCGGCCCGCUCUCGCGGUCGACAAGUCCGAGUUGUCCAAGCGGUCGCGCCUGGCCGUUGAAGACAGCUCCGAGGACCCUUUCGGCUUUGACAGCGAUGACGAGUCCAAACCCAAGCCCGUGACGUCUAGGAGCAGUGGAGGUGCAGGUGGAGGUGGAGGUGCUGGAGGCGGCCAGAACCGGCUCUCACCGGCCCGUGCGGAGAGACCCCCCGGCCUCACGCUGGAGCCCAACAGCAGGGUGAGCCAGCCGGCCAGCGUGGAGGCGGUGGCCCCCAGCCGAGGGUCCUCGGGGCUGGGCAGUGACCGCGGCUCACACAGGGUGCCAGAGGACCCCAGCCUGAUGUUCAGCACCAGCUCCUUGGGCCUGACCCAGAGCAGCGCGGCGUCCUGGCUGCCGGACUCGUCUGAGCGGCACAUGAACUGGUACAAGAACGCGUCAGAGAGUGACCGGCGGCCGCACGCCCAGACAACCACGCUGCGCUCGGACUCUGGGGCGGCGGCGGCGGCGUCGCGGGACACCUGGGACCUGCUGGUGGGCCUCCACUCCUCCUCCUCCACCCCCGCACCGCCCGAGCCCCUCGCCCCACGAGAGCCCUUCUCCUGGGCCCUGGCCAGCAGGGACACCACGUCCUCCACCAACACCAACACCACCCACAGCAACACCACCAGCGCCACCGCCGUUCCCUCUGAGCGCGAGCGUAGACCGGAAGCUCGGCAGGAGUUGUGGGAGUGUAAACCGGAAGCUCGGCAAGAGUCGUGGGAGCGUAAACCAGAAGCUCGGCAAGAAUUGUGGGAGCGUAAACCGGAAGCUCGGCAAGAAUUGUGGGAGCGUAAACCGGAAGCUCGGCCGGAGUCUUGGGAACGCCGACCGGAAGUCCGUCAGGAGUCGUGGGAGCGGCGGGCGGAGGCGCGUCCAGAGCAGCUGGAGCCGACGGAGGUGCUGGAGCAGGAGGACCAAUCACAGCCCUUCUCUCUGCUGCAGGAGGACCAAUCACAGUCCCUCUCUCUGCUGCAGCGCAGCAGCAGCAACUGCAGGACCUACCGGCGGCCCAACAAGGGCAAGCCCUCGGGCACGGACGCGCAGGAGGCCAGGCCGGGCGUCGUCGUGGCCACCGCGGGGUCAGGGGUCACUCAGGGUCAGCAGGCGGGGCGCGGCGGGCGCGGGGGUCGGACGCGGGACUUCACCGUGCUGCACCCCUCCUCUCUGUCCGCCUGCAAUGUCACCAUCCAGGACCAGAUCGACCGCAGCAUCGACCUGACCUCUGACCUGGGCGCCGGAGGAGGCGCCGUGGCAACGGGGGUCACUACGGCCGUGGAUCCCGGCGAGGCCGGACGCCUCAGGAAGAAGGGAGAGAUGCCAACCACCAAACCCGCCAGUAAGUCCAAGCCAGCUCAGUCCAAAUCCAAGAAGGCGGACUCCAGGCUUGACCUCUUUGGCUUUGACGACGCGGACGCCCAUGGCAACGACCCCAACGACCCGCUGGCCAACUUUGGCUCCAGCUACAAGAUCCAGUACUUCGGGUUCGACGACCUCAGCGAGAGUGACGAAGACGAGGACGAAGACUCGCCCGCCGCCCAGCGGAGGAGGGAGAGGAAGAGGGCCAGAGCGGAGGCCAAGGCCAAGGCCGCCGCGCUCGAAACCGCCAUGACGACCGUUUCCACGGCGACGACCGCGCCCGCCACUACAGCUGUGGCCGUGUCCACCUCCGUCAUUCAGACCGUGCCCAGAGAGAUGACCGACAGACUGACCAGCAGCAGAAUAGACCUGACGGAGGAGCGGCUGGCGAUGAGCAGAGUUCAGCCCACACCACAGGAGCGCAUCCGCGAGGGCAGCCGCAAGAUCUUCGGACCCAAGAAGUCUCCAACAAAAGCUGUGUAUAACGCCAGACACUGGAACCAGCAGCAAGAAGAGGAGCUGCCCCCUCUACCACCACCCUCACGCUCACAGACGAAACCAGCCAGUGGUAGCGCUAGCAGCAGUAGCGGUAGCAGCACUAGCGGUAGCAGCAGCAGUGCUAAAGACUCCAACUCCCAUAAGGACGAUGGGCUCUUCAAAGCCCCUCCCCCUCCUCCCAAAGUCAUCAAGUCCGUCACCAUACCGACGGUCCCUUAUCAGGACAUCAGGACAGCACUGAAGUGCAGGAAAGAGCACAAGGAGUUGUUUACGGUAGUUCAGCACGUGAAGCACUUCAAUGAUGUGGUGGAGUUCGGGGAGAAUCAGGAAUUCACCGACGACUUUGAGUACCUCGCCACUGGCCUCAAGACUGGAGAACCCUUAAACACACGCUGCCUUAGUGUUAUCAGCCUGGCGUCCAGGUGUGCCACUCCGAGCUUCAGGAUGCACCUGAGGGCGAGAGGGAAAGUAGCCCAGGUCUUCAAGACACUCAGCGACGCACCCCAGCAUCCGAACCUGGCUCUGUGCACGGCGUCUCUGAUGUACAUCCUGAGUCGGGACCGUCUGAACAUGGACCUGGACCGGGCCUGCCUGGAGCUGAUGAUCCGGCUGCUGGAGCUGGAGCAGGACGGCACGGCGCGCGUGCAGCUGACCGCCCGCGAGAUGGCCAAGGUCAAGGAGAAGAUCCGCAAGCUCUGCGACACCGUCCACAACAAGCACCUGGACCUGGAGAACAUCACGACAGGGCACCUCGCCAUGGAAACCCUGCUGUCACUCACAUCAAAGCGGGCAGGUGAUUGGUUCAAAGAGGAGCUGAGGCUGCUGGGAGGGUUGGACCACAUUGUAGAUAAAGUGAAAGAGUGUGUGGAGAACCUGAGUGAAGAGGAGGACAAGGAGAAACUGGUGGCCUCACUGUGGGGCUCCGAGAGAUGCCUACGCGUGCUGGAGAGUGUGACCGUGCACAACCCUGAGAACCAGUCCUACCUGAUCGCCUACAAGGACUCCCAGCUCAUCGUCUCCUCUGCCAAGGCGCUGCGUCACUGUGAGGAGAUGAUCCAGAGGUACAGCAGGGAGGUGAACUGCGUAGCGGGGACCCCCCUCCCCUUCUGCUCCAACAGCAACGUGGGCAAAGCCGUGGAGGACUGCAUGAGGGCCAUCAUAGGGGUGCUCCUCAACCUCACACACGACAACGAGUGGGGCAGCACUAAGACUGGUGAGCAGGAGGACCUCAUCAUCACGGCUCUCAACUGUGUGCUUCGAGUGCCCCAGUACCUGCCCCAAGAACAGCGCUUCGACAUCAGAGUCCUGGGCCUGGGUCUGCUGAUUAACCUGGUGGAGUACAGCGCCCGUAACCGCCACUGCCUGGUGGAGAUGCAGAUGGAUGGCCACGCCCCCUUCACCUCCGUCCUAGUGGGAGAGAAGGAGGAGCUUACCACCGACGCCCCUCUCAGCGCCAUCGCCGCUCUAGUACAGCUGUUCCUGCAGAGAGAGCAGGCUGCUAUCCUGGCGGAGGCGCAGACUGAUGACCUCAUCAGCGAGGCGCCCAAGCCGCAGGACCAGAGCGGCGAGUGGCAGGAGAACGACGGGGAGAUCCAGUGGGUCGCCGCCGACAACAGCAACGACAACAACGACCAAGCCACCAAGGAGAACGACAAGAAGAAGGAGGAGGAAGAGGAGGAACUGGACCUCAACAAAGCUCUUCAACAUGCUGGGAAGCACAUGGAGGACAGCAUCGCGGCCUCCUACACUGCACUGCUACUGGGCUGUCUAUGUCAGGAGAGUCCUAUGAAUGUUACUACUGUGAGAGAGAACCUGCCCAAAGGCGAUUUCUCAAUCAUGACCGAAAUGCUGAAGAAAUUCUUGAAUUUCAUGAACCUCACAUGUGAUGGUGCCACAGCAGGACAGAAGUCUAUCUCUCGGGUCAUUGACUACCUGGAGCACUGUUAGUGUGUGUGUGUGUGCGCGCGUGUGUGUGUGUGUGUGUGUGUGUGUGUGUGUGUGUGUGUGUCAAGACCCAGUGUGGACCGGCCGGCUUGGUUCCCCUCGGUCCGUCUCACCAGACCGGCCAAUGACGAGGAUGCUGCAGAACUUCUAGGGCUGACGCCCGAACAAACACACACACACACACACACACGUAUACAUAUAUACACACACGCACUCUCUUGCUCUCUCACACACACACACGCACACCCACACACACACAGGCAGACCCACGCCUCAUCUUCAUGAUGCCAAGACUCCUCACGUUGACCUCAGUCUCAAUGAAUGACUAAGAAGAAGAAUCUCUUGUAAAACAUGAACUUUUACAACAAAAAAAACGAAAAGAAAAAAAAAAGUUUUCGUUUUGUCUUCAAAAAUCUAAAAAGCUCAAAGGACAGUCUGUCACAGCAUCCACUCAUUCUCUCUCUUCUCCUCACUUAUUCUCUGCUUGUGUGUGUGUGUGUGUGUGUGUGUGUGUGCGCGUGUGUGCGCACGUGUGUGUGUGUGUUUCACUCAUCCUCUCUGCUCACCUGCUCAGUGCUGGCUCUGUUGUUGUUGGUUAUCCACUGAAUGGAGUGAUCCGUUACCUGAGCGAGAUCAGGAUUUAUCCCCUAUGGUCCCUCAUGAACUGCACCCUGUGUGUGUGUGUGUGUGUGUGUGUGUGUGUGUGUGUGUGUGUGUGUGUGUGUGUAUAUAUGUACAUGUAUGUGUAUGUGUGUUUUACCUCCACACCCUUUCAACACAGCCCUAAAAAUGUCCUCCCUUUUUCCGUUGUCUGUAAAAUGAAGAUGAACUUUCCCAACAACCAAAUCCUUCCUGCUCAGGGCUACCUUCUGCACACCACUAGCACACACACACACACACACACACACACACACACACACACACACACACACUUGCUCAGUUCCCUUGUGCACCUGUCCUUGUCACUGGUCUCCAGAGCUCAGCUGUCCUCUACUCAUGACUGUGUGUCUUGAGUGUUUCCUGCCCUGUCCACCAUUUUCCCAGCAUUCCCUAUCUUUUCUGCAGUGUCGGUCACUUUCCCAGAAUUCCCUCUUUGUUCCACCCUGUCUGCCAUUUUCCCAGCAUUCCCUCUGUUUUCUACAGUGUCUGCCAUUUUCCCAGCAUUCCCUGUUUUCUGCAGUGUCAGCUAGUGUCAGCUCAGACCUCUGAGCUCCCAAUGUGACCCACCGCAGUCACCCUGGCCUACCGCGCUUGGAUCUCAUAGUAAGUGUGUGUGUGUGUGUCUGUGCGCGCGCACACGCGCCUGAAACCCUGGCCCUUAAGCUGUCUCUCUCCCCUCCCCACUUGGAUGUGUGUGUGUGUGUGUGUGUGUGUGUGUGUGUGUUUGCCAGGUGCGCCGAUCGGCAGUGACGUGUGCACAAGUGCCAUGCUUGUUUUUUUGCGUCUGUGUGUGUUGCCAGACCUCCCUCCAGACAUGAUGUUGCAGCAGGUCUUUCAUUGCUGUGUGUGUGUGUGUGUGUGUGUGUGUGUGUGUACGCACUUGCCGCCCGCUCCUCCUAAAAGUGUCCACCGGGCUUUGAGCUUCAACUCCACCAGUCAAUGGAUUUCUCUCCUUUUGCUUUCUCCUGGAGGUUCAUCACCCCCCACAUACCCCAAUCAAAGUAUACACACUCACACACACACACCACACACCACCUUUGUUUAUUGUUCAUCAGUUUGUUUGUGUGAAGGUUGAAGAGCUUUUUAGUGUGUGUGUGUGUGUGUGUGUGUCUGUGUGUGUGAGAGCGAGCAGGUCAGAAAUACAUAAGCUGUUCUGUGUUCUUGUCAUGAAAUCUGAAGAAUGUGUUUCCUUUUCAUUGUUAUUUGUAGAGAUGUUCUGUUGUUGCCAUUGCCAUGUUCCCCCUGUUAGCACCUCCAUUUGUUAUGAGUGAUAAUGGAUCUGUUCUGUGUGUGUGUGUGUGUGUGUGUGUGUGUGUGUAUGUGUGUAGGGGUGGAUUAAUGACCCUUUUUCCUGUCCUUUUGCCAUCGUUUCAUCUUUGCUCUGAUAAAACGUUUACAAGAGGUUUUGGUGAUAAACGGACAUGAAUGGGACAAACCUACCAACCAGUGUACAUAACACCGUGUAAAUACUGGCUCUUGAGAGAAGAAACUAGAACAAGUAGACUUUUUUUUUCUGAAUCCAAGCAUAUUUUUUUGUUUUCUUUUCUACAGCAUUUCUCACUUGUUUUCUCUGAACGGAUCUGAGAUUUAAAGCUAUAUCUGAAGCCCACUGGACCACCCCCUUUGUACCAAUUUCCAAAUGUCUUUGGUUACUUGUAAAUACCUUUAACUCGAAUAAAAGUUGCUACUUUU